AUGGCCGACGCACGAGCUCUUUUGCGACAACAGCGCGCAGCACGGCAGCAGGCGCAAAAGCCCCAAAAGCAAUCGGCAGCUCCUGCGACAGCACCCACAUCGAAAAAGCGUAAGGCGGCGGAUGAGACGGCCGAGGAGAGAAAACGCACGCGAACAGAGGAAGAGGCUGGCGUGCCGGCGGGCUUCUUCGAUGCCGGAGCUGCAAAAGACGACGAAGAAGCUGCGCCAGAACCCACAGCCCAGGAGAGCGCGCCGAUACAAGACACCAAGCGCUCGGAACCACCCAAAGCGGCCGAACCGCAACUCGAUGCUACAGCUCAAGCGGAGCUCGACGCCUUCUUGAACGAGAUGAACGCCGAGAAGCCCAUGCCACCACCGCCCACUAGAUCCGCCUACUCGGGCGCUGUUAUUGAAGCCGCGCCCAUGACAGCCGCCGAGAUCGCCGCACAAGCACGAGAAGACCAGAGUGCACAACGGGCGAAGAGGGAUGAGGAGAUGGAGGGCGAGAAGGAGGAUGCUGCGCGAGCAUUAGAAGAUGAGUUCGAGGAGAUGGAAGGUCUUGAGGAGAGGUUCAAGCGGCUGCGUGAACAGAGGGAAGCCCUGCGUUCUACAUCUGGAGCAACGAUGAAGACAGAGGAUGUUGCGCCAGCAGCUCCCCCCGCCGAAGAAGAUGACGAAGACAGCGAGUCCGACGACGACGAAGACUGGGACGAUUGGAGGUUCCGUCCCGCUUGA